CUCUCUGCAACACUCCUUUGCAUCUUCAGUAUCCCCUCGCUCCCUCCUUUCCUUUCAUCGCACCUUCCAACUGCUUUCCUGUCCAUCUUUUCCCCACACUCCACCUCCAGGCUCUCCAUCACACUCUCUUCCCUCUCCUGCAACGCUUCACUCUUACACGGCACCCUCUCUCGCCUCUAUUACGCCUUCUAUUUCUUUUUAUUUACCCCCGCCGGUUGGCUCUUCCGCUUUCUUGCUACGCUAAUGGUGGCGAGGCGGUGGAGGUCAUGCCUGGAUGUGUGUGCAGGCAAGAAGGAGGGUGUUGGAGGCUGCAUCUUACUCCCACCACCUCCCUCUCCGGUCAUUAAAGCACUGGCGUAAAGUUCUUUUUAUUUUAUCAGUUGUUCGGCUGUGACUCGUUCCCCAGGGAGGUGCGAGUGUCAGGCGUCGCUGUGAUGUGCUAGGUUCCUUAUGUUUCAACCCUGCGGCUCUUGGUAAGCCUGGAAACGCGGGUUUUCUGAGAUAUAUCUGAUUAUUUCUGGAGCAGCCUUGUCAGAGCCCUUGCUGACAACUGAGUCUCGCGCGUGAUCAAUAAACAAAAGCCAGGCAGGGGGUGGGGUUAGCGCAGUCCCCAUGUUCUUCACGGAGGCUGACGUCGCCCUCGCAGCGGCCAAUCAUCGCCCAUUCCUAGCAGUCCCUGGAAUCGAUACUGCGCGCUGAUUGGUGGGUGCGCGACUGGCGUGUGUGGUGAUGCUGGGCGCGGGUGGAGGCCAUGUGGGCGGCGGAUGGCUGGUCAGUGUUGCAUGUGGACCGUGUGGAGAAGAACGUUCUGCCGCCACCGCUGGUCACUCACCUGCUCCUACCCGUCCGCUGGUGUGUGCCCCGUGGUGUGCCCUCACUUGGUGUGACCCUCAAAGUUCUGUCCAGUGGUGCCGUCCGCCGCCCACCGCCCGCCGCCCACCAUGCCCAUGUUCACUAAACUGGCCCACAAGACUUCCACGGCGGCCAAAUCCAGUGGUCAGACUGCUGCCAAGACUGCCGUCGCCGCCGCCGCCGCCAAAGGCAACGUUACCAGCCCUGCCGGAAAGCACUUCCUGGACAACACUCGCUGGCAGAAGCGUCUACAGAAGGAGCUUAUGUCUCUGCUGAAGGAGCCUCCGCCGGGCGUGACUGUGGACGUUGAUCAAGCACACACCAAAUUGACUGAGUGGGUGGUGCACAUGGAAGGCGCUGCCGGAACUCUCUACGAAGGAGAAAAAUUCCAACUCCAGUUCAAAUUUUCACCCAAAUACCCGUUUGACUCGCCUGAGGUGAUCUUUGUUGGUGAAAACAUUCCCAUCCAUCCCCACAUCUAUUCCAAUGGACACAUCUGCCUCAGCAUCCUCACGGAAGACUGGUCCCCAGCUCUCUCUGUGCAAGCCAUCUGCCUUUCUAUCAUCUCCAUGCUCUCCUCCUGCAAAGAAAAGAAGCGACCACCAGACAACAGCUACUAUGUCAAGACCUGUAGUGCCAACCCUAAGAAGACUAAGUGGUGGUAUCAUGAUGACACAGUAUGAUAUGAUCUCAGAGGCCCUGCUUGACCUUACCCGCUGCUCAUCGUGGUCCUGGGUCACCGCCUCAUUCCCACGGUGACUUGCAAUAAUAUUAAAGAAAGUGAACAGUCGGUGCUGAAUGAAUAAGGAUGUAUAAGCGUUUUGAUAAAGACUCGCUCCUUGUAUGGAACCUGCAUUUCUGGAGAAGUGGUCUUCUUACUGGAAAAUAUAUACAUAUAUACAUACCACAACUUUGAAAUUUUUUAGUCAUCUGUUUACAGCAAUUUAAAAAACUCAUGGGUCGUACAAGGAUUAUGUCUCAGCAUUGCAUAAUUUAUGAUAUAAAUAGAUAUCCUUGAGACCUUAGAAAAUGUCCAGUCCUGGUUGAACAACACCUGUGAGCCAGCAAGAGUCACAAAGCCACAACUACUCACUGAGGUGCCAGCCCUUUCUGUGGUAUCCCGUCCCUGGUGGUGGUGCUGCUGGAUGGGAGUGCCACACUCACUGCUUCUAAAAUGGCUGCGAUCCUCAAACUUAAGAGAAAGGAAUGUGUCAACCAAGAAUUCUUUCUAUAUAGGUAUUAUUGGUCUGCAGUAUUGUAAUUUAUGAAAAGGAUCACAUGAAACAUAGAUAUCUCAGAACUUGUAUGAUAUGUAAUUCUGCUUUCAAGAGAAGUUACAGGAAAUCACCUAUACAUAUGUGUAUUUCCAUUAUUCAUUGUUCAUAUUUUCAUCUUUAAUUCCAUGUACUUUUCUGCUCUAUGGUGCUGCAACUUCUAGUUUAUCUCCCUCUGCCUCCAUUUCUGGUAUUUUGUGUCCCUCAUUCCCUCUCUUCUAUUUCCUUCCUCCACUUGCUGAGAUGCAUAUUUCUGAUCAGCACACCUAAAUGUUUGUUCCUCAUCACUGCACUUGCUAAUCAUCCUCAUAUUUUUUUUUUUUUUUUUUUUGUGACAACCUGUAUUUAAGAUACUUUGUGAUAACUUACACUAUACUGGAUGCUGCCUUGUAUUCACCUGCACCAUAUUGGUGCAUAUAUUGUGUUACUGUAUGUAGCAUUGGCAUAAUUUUCCCAUGUGAUAAGAUAUGUUUCUCCUUCCACUUACUCCUUACUUGAAAAAAAUAAAAGUGUGUGUCCUUGUCCUGUUUGCUUUUGUAGAUUUUGUUCAGUGUGUCAUAUUUCCAUAAUCUGUGUUUUGUGUUGCUCCUUUGGAUUCUCCUGAUCAGGAUCUUUAUUCAGUCCUAAGACUUGUAUGUGUAUGGUUUGAAAAUGUGGUUCAUCAUUGAAGGAAUUAAUCACAGUAACUUGCAUUUGUCUUCUUUUCCUUGCUCAUAUGAAGUCCUUGAAAUCUUGUAUAAUUUCCUCCACUGCUGGCUUGAGCAUUUUCAAACAUAAUCUUGUGACCUGGGUUAGUACAUGAAUAUUGUUGUAUCCCUCAGAAAUAAUAAGUAUAAGUAAAUCAUCACUUUCAGCUUGUUGAUUUAUAUAAAUCUUUUAAAUUAAGGGUGGAUGGUAUCCCCCUUGAUUACUCAAAAUCAAAUAACAAUAGAGCAUAGUUUGUAUAGAAUCUCCAUUAUAUGAUAAUCUACACUACCUCCCCUUUCCUACACCACAACCAUUGUUGCAGUGUUAAUGCUUUCAACCACUCACAUCUUCCUUCCAUUAUGACAACAACUAGAAAGUAAUAUUUACACUCUUCUCUUGUGUUUCAGUCAGAGAGCUUUAUUAGUGCCCACUUAUGCCUCUCUCUCUUUCCUAAAGACAAUAUAUGUAUGUACCUUAUAUACAAUAUGCAGACACACACAGCCUUCAUGGAAACUAUUAAACUAACUCCAUUGCAACAGAUUGGAGAAAUAACCUAAAGUUGUCUGUUCAGUAAUCCAUCACACCAUGCUGCAGCAGCUGAAACACUGUGUGUCCAGCAGUUGUGCACAAUGUAUUAAGUCUGAGAACACUGCUGAGUGCUGCCACUGCUGUCCCCACUGUCAUACAGAGAGAAGAGGCUGCUGCUUGCUUGCCCAGCCAGUUUCACUGUUUUGUGUUUGGUUGUGUUGUAUGUUGUAGUGCAAUGAGAAGUGUUGACAUAGAAUCAAAGGAACUUAUGAAAGAAGAAAGGACAGAUAUAAAUUAUAGCUGUAGAGGCAAAGUGACAAACACUAAAGUACUAGUGAAUAAGAAAAAAAGUAGUUUUCGUAAUAAGCAAACUGCACCCUCUAAACAAGAAGCUUAUUACUUACUGUGGAGGCUAUAUAUAUAUAUAUAUAUAUAU